AUGACAAAAGCUAAUGUUUACGAGGAAAGAGACUUCAGACUGCACUUGGAUUCUGAGUGGAGUGAUCCACAGCACUGCCUUGUUGAUAUAGAUGGAGAGUUCGCAAGUCGGAAAAAACUUGCCUUGGCUGACCUGCUGUCGGACAUAUCUGACAAACUGGACCUCGGCCAUAUCACCUUUGGUAUUUUUAUCGAUCUCAAAGAAGCCUUCAACACUAUUAAUCAUGAAAUUCUGUGCUGUAAACUAGAACACAGUGAAACUGAUGAACCCACAAUAAUUACUCCAUCGAGUAGUAUCAGAUUAUCAAGUGUUAGUAGCAGAUUAUCAAGUGUUAGUAGCAGAUUAUCAAGUGUUAGUAGCAGAUUAUCAAGUGUUAAUAGCAGAUUAUCAAGUGUUAAUAGCAGAUUAUCAAGUGUUAGUAGCAGAUUAUCAAGUGUUAGUAGCAGAUUAUCAAGUGUUAAUAGCAGAUUAUCAAGUGCUAAUAGCAGAUUAUCAAGUGUUAGUAGCAGAUUAUCAAGUGUUAGUAGCAGAUUAUCAAGUGUUAGUAGCAGAUUAUCAAGUGUUAAUAGCAGAUUAUCAAGUGUUAAUAGCAGAUUAUCAAGCCAAACCAGCAUCAUGCACAGAAAACUCAUAUUGACUUGA